CGGGUGGGAGGAGGGAAAAGGGGGGAAAUCAUUCGCAUAUAAAAAAAAGACCGGGGAGGGGGAAAAGAAAACUCUUGGGGUGACGCGAGUCGGCGUUCACGUUAUAACCGCCUUUCUGACUCGUUUGUCGAAAACCCCCCCCACUUGGCCGGGAUGUUUUGACGUGUUUGUGGCGGCGCAAGGAUGGCAGCUGCCGUCUGUUAGCUUCCAGACGCUUCUAGAGCGGCGGCGCUACGUCGCUCGUCCACGCGCGCGCACGCACGGCCGCGCGUCCAUCUUUGCGCGCACGCACCGCACGCACGCCUGCCCGCGCGUGCUGGGAGCGCAGAAACAAAACAAUUGGAGAGGGGAAAAAAAGAGAGGCCACGGAGAGAGUCGGAGCCGGGAGAGGAGAGAGAGGCCAUGCGGCCUGCCUCGGGCACCCUGCCGCCUCCUUACCGCCGCUGCUGUUGACGGCCGCCGCCUGUCCUCCAACACCCCCCCUCCCCUCGAUCCCCAUCCUCCGCCACGGACGCGUCGGCUUUAAACCCCCACAGGCCGGUGGUUGGGGGGGUGGCGAUCCAAGAGAACGAGAAGAAGGAAGCAGGCUAGCGAGAGAGCGACAUGGUGGGGUCGGGACGGGGUUGUCCGGGCCUUCUGAUGGUGUCUCCGGACGACUGCUGGCACUGACCUCCCCCCAACCCCAAUCCCUCCAGCAUCGCAAUCAGGUUCCUGCUGGAAAGACUGAUCCUGGUGGAGAAGUGAGGAAUUGUAAAUUCUGGUGCCAUCAUUUAUGGUGAAACAACUCGCUAUUCUUUGAAAGGAGGAGUGGUGCUUAAACAAGAAGUUAUUGGUGGUGUUACUUGAAUUGAAAAUUUGUGCUGGUGGAGGAACUUGUGCAGAGGAUCUAGUUUGAGAGAAUACUGGCUGAAGUACAAAACCAAUUGUGGACUGGGGAACCUCUGGAUGCUACUUUGCCUAUGAGGAGAGCUGCUGGCAUAACUGCUGCUUCUACAAGCAUUCUACAUCUGGAAUUGGACAAAGACUUUGAUUUGGUAAAAUCUGGAAAUACAUCUUCCACUGAUAACUCUGAGACCAGCAACUGGGGGUGCCUUGAAGGUAUGGCCUCACAACUGCAAGUGUUUUCACCAAUGUCAGUAAAGUCCAGUGCCUUUUGCAGCGUGAAGAAGUUGAAAGUGGAGCCCUCCAACUGGGAUGCAACAAGACAAAGCUGCACUGUGAAACAUUACAAUCAGAGCAAAAAUCCACCAGUGAUUCAAGGACAAAUAAAUCUGCCCCAUCAGGCACUGAGCAGUGUAGUAGUUUAUGACCAGAAUUUGCACCUCACCACCUGUGGGCUGAUUCCAGUUACAAGUGCUGAUAGUGGGGCCUGUACGGCAGCGCUCUCCGUGGGGUCUUCAAACGGAGUACAGAGUUUAACACGGAGAAGUACAGUGACGCUGUUGGAUACCUAUCAAAAAUGUGGUCUGAAGAGAAAAAGUGAGGAGAUUGAAAGUAGUGGUAGUGUGCAAAUAAUUGAGGAACACCCACCUCCGAUGCUUCAGAAUAACACUGGCAGGACUGCGGUGGGUACUACUGCCACCACCACAUCAACUGUAACUUCCAAGAAUGGCAGUUCCACCAAUGAAGGAGAUUAUCAGCUGGUACAACAUGAAAUACUUUGCUCAGUGACCAGCAGUUAUGAGGUGUUGGAAUUUCUUGGUCGGGGCACUUUUGGACAGGUGGUGAAAUGUUGGAAAAGGGGCACCAAUGAAAUUGUGGCUAUCAAGAUCUUGAAAAACCAUCCCUCUUAUGCACGACAAGGGCAGAUUGAAGUGAGCAUUUUAAAUCGAUUGAGCACUGAAAAUGCAGAUGAUUACAACUUUGUUCGAUCCUAUGAGUGUUUUCAACACAAGAAUCAUACCUGCUUAGUGUUUGAGAUGCUGGAGCAGAACCUGUAUGACUUCCUUAAACAAAACAAAUUCAGCCCUCUGCCAUUGAAAUAUAUUCGACCAAUUCUGCAGCAGGUGGCCACAGCUUUAAUGAAAUUAAAGAGCCUUGGGCUAAUUCAUGCAGAUCUGAAACCAGAGAACAUAAUGCUUGUGGACCCUACUCGACAGCCCUAUAGAGUGAAAGUUAUAGACUUUGGUUCAGCCAGUCAUGUUUUAAAAGCAGUUUGUUCCACAUAUUUGCAGUCUCGAUAUUACAGAGCUCCUGAGAUCAUCCUUGGACUACGAUUCUGUGAAGCUAUUGACAUGUGGUCCCUGGGUUGUGUUAUUGCUGAGAUGUUUCUGGGAUGGCCAUUAUAUCCAGGUGCAUCAGAGUAUGAUCAGAUUCGCUACAUUUCCCAAACACAAGGUUUACCUACUGAAUACUUGCUAAGUGCGGGAACAAAGACGACAAGGUUUUUUAACAGAGAUCCGGAUUCAGGAUAUCCAUUGUGGAAGCUCAAGACACCAGAAGAGCAUGAGUUGGAGACAGGAAUCAAAUCGAAGGAAGCAAGAAAGUAUAUUUUCAACUGUUUAGAUGAUAUGGCUCAGGUGAACAUGCCGAAUGAUUUGGAAGGAACAGAUAUGUUGGUUGAGAAAGCAGACCGAAGGGAAUAUAUUGAUUUGUUAAAGAAAAUGUUGACAAUAGAUGCUGACAAGAGGAUUAAUCCGUUAAAAACCUUAAACCAUCCAUUUGUUACCAUGACACAUCUGCUUGACUUUCCUCAUAGCAAUCAUGUGAAAUCCUGCUUUCAAAACAUGGAGAUUUGCAAACGGCGAGUCAACAACUAUGAAACUAUAAACCAGAAUAAAAGUCAGUUUAUUGCACAUGUUGCACCAAACACAAGCACAAACUUGACGAUGGCCUUCAAUAACCAACUCAACACCAUGCACAAUCAGGCCAACACCUUAGCUCCUACCUCCACUGCAGCAGCUCUUUCGUUGUCCAGUGCGGAUGUGUCUCUGCUUAAUUAUCAAUCCGCACUCUAUCAACCUCCAACAGCACCUGUGGCGGGUGUUGCACAAGCAAGCAUGUCUCUGCAGGCAGGAGCAACACAGCUAUGUGCACAGGCUGACCCCUUCCAGCAAGCCCUCAUCGUGUGUCCACCAGCAUUUCAAGGGCUACAAGCAUCUGCAAAACAUUCUGGUUUUUCUGUUCGAGUGGAGAAUGCAAUGCCUGUUGUACCGCAGGCACCAGCUGCACAGUCAAUUCAACUUCAGCCAGGUGUUCUUGCUCAGGGCAGCUGCACACCGCUGAUGGUGGCCACUCUACAUCCUCGCAUUGCCACUGUUGCUCCGCAGUAUGCGGUCCCUUUUACCCUGAACUGCGCAGCCGGCCGGCCCGCGCUGGUCGAUCAGACGACCACAGUACUGCAGGCAUGGCCUGGAGGAACCCAACAAAUCCUGCUACCGUCAACUUGGCAGCAGUUGCCUGGAGUAGCUGUCCACAACUCUGUCUCACAUGCUACUGUCAUACCAGAAGCUAUGGCUAGUACUCAGCAGCUAACAGACUGGCGGACUGUACAUUCCCAUGGAGGCCAGUAUAAUGCCAUUGUGCAGCAGCCAUCGUUAUUAGCUGGUCAUGUCACCUUGGCAGCGCAGCCCUUAAAUGUUGGUGUUGCCCAUGUAGUACGCCAGCAGCAAAACUCCAGAUCUUCCUCCAAAAGGAAUAAGCAAAUUCACAACACAAGGAAUGUUCCCUUGUUGGAUGUCACUCCCUCCCAAACAUACAUGGUGGUUCAGAACAGUCCAGCAAGUGCACCCUCCCCAUACUGCAGCACAACAUUUGAUAAUCAGCGACAAACCAUUGUGAUUCCUGAUACACCCAGUCCUGCUGUCAGUGUUAUCACCAUCCGUAGUGACACAGAUGAAGAGGAAGAAACAAAGCAGAAACUUGGGAGCUUUGGUGUGAAGCAGAGGUCCAAUGUCAUCAGCUAUGUUACUGUCCAUGAUUCUUUAGAAUCUGACUCCUCAAAUAGUAACAGUCCCUAUCCAUGUGAACGGCCUCGAGCAACACACGUUAUCAGUAGUACACAAGACCUGCCCAAGAGAAGUAUGGAUGCUUGUCAUAAUUCUGGAUCUCGCACCAUCAUCGUUCAGCCUUUGAAGGCACAAGUCAGUGAAAGUAUGGGAGAGAGCGGCAGUUUGUCAGGCUUUUUUACAAAUGUCUACAAGGCUAAAACAGGCUUGCCUAUGAGUGGGCAGACUUCAUGCUCAACUACACCAACGAUGUACCGGCAACGGCAGCCUCUGAACCUCAGUCAGGCCCAACAGUCUAUCUCUCAAGAGCGGAGUGUGAAUCCUGGUCCCCGCAGGCAACAGGCAUAUGUGACACCCACUCUUGCCCAGGCUCCUUACUCUUUCCAGCAUAAUAGUCCGACGCAUCCGGGUGUUCAUCCCCAUCUGACAGCAGUGCCAGCUCCGACGCAUCUUUCAGGACAACCCCACAUGUAUACCUACACACCAACUGCUGCUUUGGCAACAUCCAGUUCCAUGGCACAUCUUUUGAACCAACAAAACUCCUCCAGACACGCCAUGCAACAAGCCACGUACGCAGCUCAUCCAACCAGUCUCCUCCAACAGGUGCCAGUCAGCAUGGGCCCUAGCCUUCUGCCAUCUGCCAGUGUUGCUGCUAGCCAAUACCAGCAUCCAUUUGCCACCCAGUCAUACAUUAAUGCCUCUCGGGCUCCUACACUCUAUGCUGGCUAUCCACUCAGUCCCACUAAAAUAAAUCAGUAUUCUUAUCUGUAGCUCUCUUAUUUGCGAAUGUGCUGUGCUACUGUAUGAGAUCUAGACAAAUCCAGUUUUGUAUGAAGGAGGAGUGCACUUCGUUCCAAUGAUCAGGACUCUCUUCUGUGGCAUCAGAUUUUGCUCUUGAAUCGGGUCACGUGUCUGCAGAGCACCCAUCAACAAGGAGACUUGGUUUUAACCCUUUUUUUCCUACAAGGGUAUGGAAAUGGACCAUAUUUUAACUAUAUUUUACAAUGAUUUCUAAAUAAUUUUCAAACCCUACAGAAUUGCUGUUUGUUUUUAAUUAGCUGUUGCUUUAUUUUUGCCAGCUCUUUGCCUAAACACACUGAAUCUGCUACUUGAAAUGGGUUUAUGCUGCUGAAAGUGUUAAUACUAUUGCUUAGGAAGUUAAACAAUGCAUUUUUUUCUAGACCUAUUACAUAAUAAAAUAGUGAGUAAUGGAUGUUCAGGUUGGAUUGGUUGUCAUUGGAGCCUGAGUCAAUCCUGACUUAACUCAUUAAUGGACAUCUUUAGACAUAUCACUGUUUUGAGAUGUUUUGGACCAGUUGUGAGAGGGCUUCGAAAUUAAUUUAAAAUUUCUUCUUUUUUUUAAAAUAGUGCACAAAGUAGUUUUAAAUAUCACUUUUGUUAUAUUGUCAGCAAUAUUAAUUUUGUAUUAAUUUAGAUUUCUUAAAGUAUUGAUUUUUGAGUGGUAAAAUGUGUAAUUAAGUAUUUUAAAGUGAGAUUUGGAAACAUUAACAUGCUCUCGUAAGAAAUUAUUCCUUUUAACGUUUCACACAGUGGUAAUAUGUUGAUGGAACUGCCAUCCAUGCAGGAUUAGUGAGCUUUAUUUAAAGUUGCAGGCUUAAAAGCUCUUUAAUCACUGUUUCCAUGAUCUGGUGGCUUCUGUAAACUUAACGCCUAUAUCCUCAUAAUUGAUCAAGAACUCGUGAUAUGUCAAUGACAUGAUUUGGAUGAUGACUGCUGGAUUAUGGAAAAAAAAGAGUGAAUUAUUCCAAGACAUUCAUGCUUUAAUUUUGUGAAGAAUGAGGGAAUAUUUUAAUUGUACAGCACAUACUAUACCAUCUCUCUAAACAGGUAUUGCAGUGAUGUGUUCUGAUACCUGUGUCACUGUUUGAAUCCUUGUUCUGUGCAGCUGUCACUUAAAUGUCAUUAGUGCUGUUUUACAUAAUUGAAAAUAAUUGUGUGCACAUCCUAUGUCUUUAAAUUAUAUCCAAUAUUGUUCUAGAGCCAUUUUGUUCCUUCCCCUACAUAGCUUAAUUGUUCCCUUAAUGUCACAGGAUAAAAAUGUGUUGCGCAUCACCUCACUGUUUAUAGAUGACCUUCAUCACUAAAAUCUUUGGUAUUAAAUUGUUGGGUCAGUUAUGCUUGUGCAAGACAAUGAUAUUACUGCUAUAAUAUCCUAUGUACGUUAAGGUCUAGUUAGAUUAAUUCUAGCAAAUAAUACAGCUUUAGCAUCUGGGCUGCAAAAGCAAGUCAUGUGACUCUGAGCUUCCAGUGGAAUUAGCUACAACUGUCUUUGGAAUAAGUAAAUUAUGAUACUUGAAUUCUGUACUUUUAGUAACUUUUAGCUCCUUGAUCAUCCAGAGGAAUUUUAUUUUACAUACCUGUCAUUUUAUGAUAAAUUAAGUUGGAACCUGUUGGAAUGUACAUGCAAUGUCUUUAGAUACAUUUUGGAUCUUUAUUAAUUGUUGUAGCACUGAUGAAAAAGAAAUUGUGUUUGAGAAGUGGUUGCAGAACAGGCAUCAUCUAUGUGUUCUGAACGGGAGUAAUUCUUUGACUCAGUUUUUGCACAGGUGUGAAUGUUGUGGGGGUUUAUUUGAGGAGUCCUUUCCCCUAGAUAGUGCCUUAACAGAUUUUUACAUAGUGCAUUGAAUUAAUACUUUUACACUGUGCUUUAGAAAAUCCCAACCUGCUACAGUUAGAACAUUGGACUUGUGUGCACGGAACACCUCUGGAGAGUACAAAACAAAGUGAUGGGAGAUGAGCACAGGAGAGGGUAUUAUGCUGUUGAAACUGAUUUUAAAUCUGUUAGUCUUUUUAAAAGCAAAAUCAGUUGACAAUUUUAAAGUUUUGUUUUAGUUUAGAAAAGGGAGAUGACAUUUGAAACAGUAUUCUUUCUCUUUUGAAGUUAUUUUUCUUUUUGUUUGGCACAUAUAACCAUGCUCCUUUUAAUGCAGCAAGCUACUUAGAAUGUGAAAAUGCAUGAAUCCAUGUACUGUCCUUUAAUUUUUAAGUUACAAUGGUAUGAUUGAGCAUAUCAUAAUUUGUGUGAGGGUAGUGCAGUAUUUUGAUUUUUUUUUUGGAGUUUUUGGACAAGGAAAGUUAUGUGCAAUUAGGUUUAGGUGGUUGUGGUUGAUCUAGAUGUGUAUUUUUUAUUUUAAUUUUGUUUUUUGAUAGUUUGUGGAUGCUUACAUUCCUUGUGGCAGUAGGAUUUGAUUUUGAGUAAACCCUUGGAAAGCAACAGUCCAGAUUUUGGUUUCAUGCAGGCAAACUGCCUGCGAAGCACAUGUUCAUCACACCAAAGAAAAGCCUAUUUAUUAUGCCUCAUUCACAGGGCAUGGAAUAAGUUGUAUUGCUGAACAGAUAUGCAAGUAUUUGUUAAUCAUUAUAUUCAACCCCCCCCCCCCCCCAAAAAAAAUCCUGCUAUUGAUUCCGACAACCUAAAUGUUCUUGCUUGCAAAAUGUUGCUUUAUGCAGUUUGCAGUUGAAAGUAAUAAGCACACUACUUCCCCUAUCUGCUGUUGAAAGUGUUUAUGUAAGCCAUUUGUAUUAUAAUGUUUGAAACUUAUUUCAUGCCCUGGUUUCAUAAGGUUGCAAGGAGUUGGCAUCUGUUUGGAGAUCUUCCAGAGAAAUGGCUUUCAGAGAAAUGGCCUAUGUUGAAUAACCUCUGGUGUUGCAAAACCUAUCUUGUUUUAAGACUUAAUAGGGAUAGUGUUGCAGGUGUUUCUGUACGAAAAGUUGUAGUUCUAUGUAUACAUUUGGAGAGUGCAGAUCUACAUUAGAAUUUACCACAGUGCCAGCUUCAUAUUAUGAUGAACUGGUAGAAAUGUAAGGGUUUACAGAAAAAACACUAGCCUGCCGGUUCAGAUGUUUUUUAGAAAAAAUUAAAUUUCUAACAUGGAACAAACAUUCCACAAAUACUUAUGUACCAGUUAACUUUCUACAACAUUUUUUACAAUGUGCUCCAUCCUAUCAACCUUUUAGGUAUCUUGAGUCAUGUACUUUCUAUUCACAACAAACUAGGUUUGUAUGAAGCAAACCAAAGUGUGAUUAGUGAGUAAUUGGAGCUUUUUCUCUAGCCCAAGCAUCUUACAUGCCCGGAUUUGUGUUUGACGUUAACACUGUCCGUGCACAUCAUUAGCGGGGUGGGGAGUGUUCCCAGGCUCACAAAAAUCUGCACACAAAGUUGGUUUGUGUUUGUAUGGGUUAAUUUGGUUCACUUGAACUUGGCCGGUGAAAAACAGUAUAUAAAAAAUUUAGUCAUUCAAACUUGAACUUUUUUCCAGAAGUGAUUUCAGCUGCAUUUUGCUGGAUAGAUUUUCAUCAAGAUCAGAAACUCACUUUGCUACAUCCCCCCAAAUCCCUGGAUAGUGCAGCAUCUGGAAUUUAGAAAAUAAAUUUGUAUAUUGUGAUUUCACAUUGGAAUUUUGACAAGCUAAGUGUUCAUUUUCUCACAACCAAGACACUGAGGCUCAUACAGUGGCAUUUCACAGUCCUGUUGUAUUGUAUCUGCUGGUGCAUUUUUAGUAAUUCUUAGCCUAAAUUGAGAGGGUUUUUUAAAAACUCGCAUUUAUAAUCAUAAAGAUCAAAAUAAGUCUUAAUCUAUGGCCAAACACACUGUAUUCUGUUAUUGUUAUAUGACGUAAUCAGGAAAUGCAUUUGCUGCGUUUUGAUUCAUGUAGACUUUAUAUCCUGUCCAAACUGAAAAGCACCAGUUCCAUGGAGCCGAGGAAAGUACUCAUGAUUUACAUAGUAUUUUGUUCAUUGUUAUUGGUUGCAGGCAUUGGAUACUUUUGCAAUGUUAGACAUUUGUCCAAUUCUGUAUAAAGCGUCCAAACUUUCUGUAAGAAAUCCGUGAUGGCAAAACUCAUUGAGAUUUUCUUGUGGGAUGGAGCAAAACACGCAAUUUUAGAAGUUUGAUUUUAUGUAUGAAAACAUUUGCCCAGGAAUAAUGCUGGUUUUAACCAUCAAUGCAGGUCAAAUAGAUCUGUAGAUAAAUUUGCCAGUGCCCUUGCACCUUUUACGUACUACUUUGUAACAAUUUUUUUGUCUAAUGUUAUGUAAGGAAACCAUCUGUAUCCUGUGUAAGUCAUUUAGUAUCUAAAAUGUAUAUUUAAAGAGAUAGGCGCCCACACUAGUUGUAUUUGAAAUGAUUGACAUACAAUCGAAGCAACACCGAAAUGAACCUUGUCACAGUCCACCUUUUGAAUAUCGAUACAGUUUACUUUUGUUUUGUUGGGGAGAAUGAAGGGAUUAGGAUUUAGACCAAGACUAAUCAUUAACCAAGUUAAUUAUGCAGCCAAUUGAUUUUUAAAUAUCAUAUAUUAUAACAAAUUGAUUUAAGUUCAACUGAGCAUUUCUAGGGAUUGAAGUCUGCUGCACUGAUUCAAACAAUUUUCCAGGAUUUUUGUUGAACAUAACCUGUGUAGGGCUGCAAAAGCACUGUCUCUUUAAAAUCUAUAUAAACAGUAUAUAUAGGGUUGACUUAUAUGGUUACAUAUGGGUGUCAUUAUUUACUGUUGGCUGGAAAUAAUGUUCUCAUUAUUUUGCUAUAUGUGUCUGCAUUUAUUAAUGCUAAUCAUAUGUGGGUGAACCUUAGUGUUUUUUUUAAUAGUAUGAUUGUAGCGAAUGCAACAAUUGUUAGUAGCAUAUUUGGCUUGUAUCAUUGAUAUUGCUAUAAUAGGUUAUUUGACUGGUUUGUAUAAUGUUAUUUGCUACUCUAGUUCUUGUAUGAACUGCGGUUUCUUACUUUUUGAUAUAGCUAUGUGAUUAUCACAUGUAAUGUGUAGGCAGCUCAUAGAAAUUAUUGAUUUUUCUAUGGUAGUCUGGCAGUUAAACUGUAGAGGUUAUUGUAAAAUAAUAAAUUUAACAAAAGAUAAAAGAGAUUAUAGUUAUUUAAAAAAAAGUUCAUAAUACUAACUUUAAACUGGGAAAAGGGGUCCAUUGUGAUGAAACUGUUUUAUCUUGUAAUUCACUGUUUUAUUGUCUUUGGUUUCCAAAGUAGCUUGUCUUCUGAUUGAAGUAUUUUCUACAUAUGUUAUAAAUGCAUUGAGUUACCAAUAAAAUGGGCUACAUUUGUGUA